GGAAUAUCGACAUGUAAACCACGAGAUAUGUUUCAGCUAUUACAUUAUAUUUAAUUACGUCGCAUUGACAAAUGUGAAAGGUGCCUUAGGAUCUAGUCUGUAAUCCAUACCUUACGACUAACCGGUGUCGUUAAAAAUCACCUAUGUGUUAUUUUUGUCAAUGUCAUUCUGUGACGUUUUGUGUGUAUUGAAGGAAUAAUAAGAAUGAUAAAACGCAAAAAACAUUUAGCUGUUUUGUGAAAGAAAUUGUAAUCCUUUUUUACGAUGGGCGAUAAGAAAUCUUGUGAAUAGAAACGCUUGGAGAGUAUAUCAAGGCUUCUAACUAGUUAUAAGAAGGCUUUUUCAACAGCAACAAGAGCUAAUAGCAAGAAUUCCGAUAAGUGAAUUUAAGAAAACAAAAUGGCGUUAACGUUUUCAGGUGGAUUUAUGGAUUUUAGAUAUUUCAAAUAAGUACAAUACAUCCAGACGACACUGAAUUCGUGCUCACCAAUAUUGAAAUUUAAAUACAAUAAACAAAAGCUGAAAAUGAUUGCACAAGAGCCUGUCCAGGCUGCCAUUUGGCAUUGUUUGAAUCAUUAUGAUUACGCUGAUGCCGUUUUCUUAUCUCAACGUUUAUAUGCGGAAGUUAAAACAGAUGAAAGUUUAUAUCUAUUAGCUACUGCUUACUUCAGAAGUGGCCUGAAAGAUCAUGCUUAUUUUAUACUAAAGGAUAGAACAGGAACUUCUCCAAAAUGUCGAUACUUGUUUGGAAUUUGUGCCUAUGAACUUGAAAAAUAUGCUGAGGCUGAAGCUGCUCUGUUAGGAUCUAAUAGCACACCGGAUGACGAAUUUAUCAAAGAGUAUGAUGAACAGGCUUGCUUUGUAUGGGUUUUGCUUGGUAGAAUUGCAGCCAAAACUGAACGGAAGUCUCUUGCAAUAGAAGCAUGGAAGAAAGCACUCAAACUAAAUCCCUUUUUGUGGACUAGCUUUGAACUUCUGUGUGAAAUUGGUGAUAAGCCUAAUCCACAAAAUAUUUUUCAAAUUACUAGUAUGGAUAACCUCUCAAUGUGCCAAGCUAAUGGACUGAACAGUGCUGAAAGUAUCAUAGUCACCAAAGAUGCUCUUAAUACAGAAGUAGACAACCAGGAGUUCCUGAGUCCAUAUAAAAUACGUUACAUGCCAGAUCCAAAAAUUCUGUUCACUCCUGAUGUGAAAAUGUGUACACCUGAAAGCCCUCUGGCGCUACCACUCAGUGCUUGGACAGCAUCCAAUAGCAAAUUCAGACAGACUCUGCCAAACUUGGAUGAUGAUUUUUCUCCAAAUUUUGGUCAGUUGUACAGUGUGAUCGCCGAUACUACGAACUCAAAUUCAACAACAACUCCAACCCUCACAGAGUCCAACAAUCAUCAUCAAUCACUUGCCAAAAGGGUCCGAGCCCAAGUGGACCAGUUUAUUGGUAGAAAGGAGUCAAUAUUUCAGAAUUGUAAGCCAGUAUUUAGCCAGUCUUCUAAUGUUCCUGUGAAUAAAACGCCAAAUCCACUAUUUGUACAGUCUGGUCAAAAUCAGAAUCAGAACGUAAGACGUAGCACUAGGUUAUUUAGCAGCAACUAUUCAGUAAAAGAAAACAACAAAUCGCCGAAUAGAAACAAAUUCCCCGUAUCCAGCCCGCGGAAAAGUAUCAAAACAAAACGGCUGACAAAAUGCGACCUAAACAAGAACAACAACUAUUCAGAGUUGAACACCCGAAAUAAAUUGGAGAAAGAAAAGAGCGAGACGGUGACGUCUGAGAAGAAGGACGACAAUAGCAUGAACGUCAGUGCGGAAGAGUGCAUGCAACAGGUGAUUGCCUUGCAGAAACACAGUGCAGAUGGUCUGAUGUGUUUGCUUCGCGAAUUAGGACAAGCAUAUCUUGAUCUCUCCCAUUAUGAGUGCAAUGCUGCCAUUGAACGGCUUCACCAGUUACCAAGGAAUCAGUUUGAUACUGCUUGGGUGCACUCGCUGAUAGGUGUUGCGUACUUUGAGCUGCCCGAUUACGAGAUGGCGGCCAAGUACUUCGGCCUGGUGCACGACAAGGAGCCCCAUCGGCUCGCCUACAUGGACCUUUAUUCCACAGCGCUGUGGCACCUGCAGCGCGAGGUGGCGCUAUCGGCGCUGGCGCACGACCUCAUCAACACCGACAGGAACUCGCCGGUGACCUGGUGUGCCAGCGGCAAUUGCUUCUCCUUGCACAAGGAGCACGACACCGCCAUCAAGUUUUUCCAAAGGGCUGUGCAGGUGGAUCCAAAUUUCCCGUACGCGUAUACGUUGUUAGGCCACGAGUACAUAACGACGGAAGAGCUUGACAAAGCGAUGAGCUGUUUUCGAAACGCCAUUCGGCUGGAUCCGAGGCAUUACAAUGCGUGGUUCGGCAUCGGAACGAUAUACUCCAAACAAGAGCGGUACAGUCUGGCGGAGAUGAACUACCUCAAGGCUCUCUCCAUCAACCCGCACAGUUCUGUGAUUUUGUGUCAUAUAGGUGUAGUUCAAAAUGCGCUGAAGCAGCAUGACAAAGCUUUAGUGACACUCAACCAGGCGAUAACGAAUAAUCCAAAGAAUCCUCUCUGCAAGUUUCACAGAGGCUCCAUAUAUUUUGCCUUAGGCAGGUAUUCGGAGGCACUCAAGGAGCUGGAAGAGUUAAAGGAAAUUGUACCAAAGGAAUCUCUAGUAUAUUAUCUAAUAGGUAAGGUGCACAAAAAGCUGGGCAAUACGGAUUUGGCGUUGAUGCAUUUCAGUUGGGCAACAGAUCUCGACCCAAAAGGUGCUAGCAGCCAGAUUAAGGAAGCAUUCGAACCAGCUAUGGGUGACACUUCAUUAGACGAUAAUAUAUCGCCUGCGUCAGAUACACAGGUUGACAGAUUGCCACGCAUGCGGCUGAAUUUUGAUAUCGAUGACAGCGGUAGUGACACUUACUGAUUUAUUUGUGUCGUCCCCUAUCGUACGACGGUGAAUUCCUCGCAUCUACGCCGGACGCGUGUAAUGCGCCUGACAGAUUGGUUGGUACUAGGCUGAAUUUCAGUACCGACGACAGUGAGGAUAGUUUUUAGUUUUCUUCUGUAGGAAUCUAUGUUGACGUUACAUAUUUGUGUCCCGCAAAAUCAGAAAUAACCGAGAUCGCUUUAAUUACAGGAGCAGGCAAGUGACUUAGCAUCCAGGGUUUUGCUGACGUACGAAGAAACAAUAUUUGUCAAGGAAAUUAGAUGACAAGAGGUGUUUAGUUCAUUUUGACGCGUACAGGGUGUCCCGCUAUAAAUUCAACGUCCCUUUAACAGUUAGUUUUAUACAGACUUCGUAAGGUCUUUCAUGCAAUCUCUUUUUAUGUACAGAUUGCCACAGAAAAGUGCUAUCGAAUAAGAAUGGAAUACCCUGCAUAUUUUAGUGAAAAUUAUAGUUGCGUUUUUUCUGAUUCCAAAUAAUAUAUGGUUUCGUAUAUUUAUUUUCAUCAAAAAAAAAAAAACUUAAAUUUUAUGUAACAUUUAUUCAUGUCUAUCCAAGUUCAAAAAAGUUUGCAUCUAGCAUCAUUAAAAUUAUACGGGAUGUUCCAUUUAGAAAAAUAGUUUUAAUCGAUAACACUUUCUUGAAACACCUUGUAUAUAAAACAUACAUUGCAUGAACAAUUUUACAUUAUACGUUUAGUUUUUCUUUAUUUUUUCGACAAUGUCAGAGGGGGGGGGGGUUCGAGGGGAGUCAGUUUCUAGCAGGAUCCUAUAAAACACUCUUUUAGAUCAGUUUGUGUCGUUCCUAAUUCAUUAUAUCAUUAAUUGCUAGAGUCCGCUUCAGUUGUGACGAAAAUUCUGCAUGUGAGAAUUUUAUUUUAAAUUUUCUGAAUUUUGGUUAAUUUCUGAGUUUGCGGCCUACUUAUCACUUGACUGAUUUCAAUCACUUGUGUCGAAUAAAUAUGAACUUACACAGGUAGCAAAGGCCAUUUUUUGUUUCAGUAGAUAAAGUAGAUUUUUUUCGAGCAAACUCGUUUUUUGCGUGCACGACUUUUAAAGACAAUAAUCGUUAUUUUAUGGAAAAAAUACGUUUUAUUAACAUCUCUUAUUGGUACUAUAUGGUUAUAGAAAACCGAAACCUAAGGCAGCUAAUUUCUCCAUUGUUACUCGUAAAUGAGUUUUCAUGCUCCUGCUAAUAUUUUGAAGUACUAGGAUUGGAAAUCAUAACACAAAUUUAUUCUAUGUAAACAAAUAAGCAUUAAAUGUUUUUACUUGUUUUUACACUUUUCAAAGGCAUGGUGUUAUCAUCAUUUUGGGGUCUUUCAAUGAAAAAAUGCAACUACUUUAAGAAAAAACAGCAAAAACAUGUCAUCUUACAGGACUUUCUGCAUUCUAGAAGUACUAUAAAUUGUUACAACAUCUAUCUUGAUCGCAGAGGAUCUGGGCUCGAGUCCCACGUGUGACAUGGUUUUUUGUUGUCUAUUUUGAAUUCGAGUAUGCGGAAUCCGAGUAAAAGGACAAUGUACUUUGAUCAUAAAAAUUGUCAUUUUGACAUCGUUAUUCGGGUGAAUUCAUUUUUUUAAUAGUGCAUCACUGUUAUAGUUUUGUUCUACAGAUAUGCUAAUCUUUAUUUAGAUAUUAUGUAGCAGAACAUUCAAGUUGAUUUUUUAAUGUAAUUUUAUUACACAAUUUACCUCUUGCAUCCAUGUAAAAUUUUAUACAUUUUUUGUUUGCCUUUUACUUGAUUUGUAUUCGAUAGCUGAAAUGAGUGCUGAUGAUGAUGAAUUUAAAAAUUCAAAGUAUAAUACUUUUUAUUCAAAAAAAGCUAUUUCGAUUCAAUGAUUUUAAAUGGAAAAUACUCGUUUUGAUAUAAACAGCAGUUUUCAAGAAAGUCAUGGAAAAAAUGUUUUUAAACCUUGUGGUCUUGUAUAAAUUUUAACAUUGAAACCUCAAAAAAUAAAUUGACUACCUCUGAGUACAUACUUGUUGCAGGUUUUAAAUGUGUGAGAAUGGAUUGCCUUAAAAAACUAAUCAGUGGGGCUACCUUUCUUAGGUUUUCAUAUAAAUUUUUCAUACAUACUCCAAAUUUUCCGUUAAAUGCCUCGUUACAUUUUAUCUGGAAAAGUUCUUAGUCGGAUUGAGACUUACAAGUGCACAUUUUUCCAAUAGACUGGUGAUGUAAUUUUUUGUAAAGAGAUUAAUUUUUGUAUUAUAUGAGUGACUAUUGUAUAAUUUUGCUUUUGCU